AUGGAUCGUUCCCGGAGCCCGGAUAAAAGCACCCAGCCUUCAACACCAACUGACAACAUCAACCUUGGACCUUCAGCUAACCCAAAUGCCAAGCCAACAGACUUUGACUUCCUGAAGGUUAUUGGCAAAGGAAGCUUUGGAAAAGUUCUCCUGGCCAAGCGCAAGUGUGACGGGACUUUUUAUGCAGUGAAAGUCUUGCAUAAGAAAACCAUCCUGAAGAAAAAGGAGCAAAACCACAUCAUGGCAGAACGCAACGUGCUCCUGAAAAAUGUCAAGCACCCCUUCCUUGUGGGACUCCACUACUCCUUCCAGACCUCGGAGAAGCUUUACUUUGUGCUUGACUAUGUAAAUGGAGGAGAGCUAUUCUUCCACUUGCAAAGGGAGCGCUGUUUCCGUGAACCCCGGGCUCGAUUCUAUGCUGCAGAAGUUGCUAGUGCAAUUGGGUACCUGCAUUCCUUAAACAUCAUCUACAGGGACUUAAAACCUGAGAACAUUCUCCUGGAUGGCCAGGGACACAUAGUAUUGACAGACUUUGGACUCUGCAAAGAAGGAAUGGAGCAAGAGGAGACAACUUCUACUUUUUGUGGCACUCCUGAGUACUUGGCUCCCGAGGUGCUGAAGAAGCAGCCGUAUGACAGGACAGUAGACUGGUGGUGCCUAGGAGCUGUCCUCUAUGAGAUGCUCUUUGGACUGCCUCCUUUUUACAGCCGGGAUGUGUCUCAGAUGUAUGACAACAUUCUGCAUAAGCCACUCCAGAUCCAAGGAAGCAAGACUGUGGCAGCUUGUGACAUCCUCCAGGGGCUGCUCCAUAAGGACCAGAAGAGGAGGCUGGGUGCCAAGACAGACUUUCUUGAGAUAAAGAACCAUGUAUUCUUCAGCCCAAUAAACUGGGACGACUUGUACAACAAGAGGAUUACUCCUCCAUUUAACCCCAAUGUGGCUGGUCCAGCUGAUCUGCGGCACUUUGAUCCAGAGUUCACCCAAGAAGCAAUCUCCACCUCCAUCACCCACACGCCUGACCUAGCAGCCAGCAGCUCCAGUGCCUCAGAUGCAUUUUUAGGAUUUUCUUAUGCACCAACUGAAGAGGGCAUCUAGGUUUUAUACAGGCUUUGAGAAGCCAGAUUUUAACUGAAUGGGUUUUAUGUUUGUGCUUUGGUUUUUUUUGGAAGGACUUGUUCUGUCCUCUGCUCAUGGUUUAAGGAAGUUGGGACUAAUACACUAACUG